ACUUGUCAACAUUUCUCUAUGUUGAGACUCUUGAAAGAGUCUUUUUGACUUAUUAGUUAAUCUUUGUAACUAACAAGUUAAUUUUUCUUUUCUUUUUUUAUUUUUUAUUAUUUUAUGUUAUUUUAUUCUAUUCUCUUUAUUCUUGUUCUGUUUUCUUCUUUUUAAUGUUUGUUUCUUCUUCUAUCUAAUUGUUUGAUUGUUCGCAUUCUUCUCAACAAUUGCAGUUAUAAUAAUAGUGAAACAAUGAAUUCAUUAAUGAUGUGGAAGACAAUCUCAUUCUUCUUAAUCACAAUCUUAUUUAGUUUACUGUUUUUAACUGAGCUUAUCAUGAAUCAAAUCACUCAUUCUCUGGUCAUUUUAUCCGAUUGUUAUUUUAAUAUGUUCAUCUUCAUGACACUUUUAUUAACUCUAAUGAGUAACAGGAUUUCUAAUUCAGUCAGUUUAAGGGCUACAUUUGGUUGGGCUCGUAUUGAAAUUCUUGGUGCCUUAUUUAACAUCAUCUUCAUCUUGGCUAUGUGUUUUUCCGUCUUCGUUGAAGGAAUCCUCAAUCUGAUCCAUUCAUCUCAUCAUGAAUCUCAAUCAACUAAUCCUCUUUACCUGUUGAUCCCUGGGAUCAACAGUUUAGCCUUAAAUUUGUUUAGAUGUUUAUUUUUCAAUGAAUCAUCUCGAACACAAAAUGUACAAUUAAGUAUCCGUGGUGAAGAGGUUCAAGUCAAUUGUAUUGUAAAUGGUGACUUUGAGAUUGUCUCCCAAAAAAUCACCGCCAACAAAACUGGUUCCAACGAGGACAAGGAGGAGGAUGAAAAGGAUAAACUACUAAUUAAUUCAAACAAUCAAUCUGAGGAAACGAUUGAGAAGAAGGAGAAUUUCCUAUGGAAGAUAAUUAAAUCUAUUGGAACUUCAUUGCUUUUAAUUGGAGCAUCAAUUAGCCUUUACUACCUCGAUGGUGAUACUUGUUCAAUGAUUGAUUCGCUCACUGGACUUGCAGGAAUUGUGAUUAUCCUCUCAAUGAUUUAUCCUUCAAUGAAAGAGUCUGGACUCAUCUUAUUACAAACUGUUCCCAAACACAUAGAAGUUGAUCAAGUUAAAGAAGCUCUUUGUCGCGAGUUUCCAACUAUUAUUGAGAUUCACGAUUUUCAUGUUUGGUGUUUAACUCGUGAUAAAAUAAUUGCUACAUGUCACAUAUCUCUUCCUGCUUUAACCAGUAACUCGUAUAACAUUUUAUCCAACCAGAUAUGUAAAUUUUUAGCUCGUGAAGGAAUCACUCUGGCAACAGUUCAACCAGAAUUCCCGAAAGAAUCACAAGUUGGUGGUUGUCUUUACAUUUGUUCAAAAGAUCGAGGAACUUGUAAGAGUAAAACUUGCUGUUCUACAGGGAAUCAAGAAGAUAUUGUAGAAAAGAAUAUCGAUAACCAUGAUAACCAUUCACACCAUCGUCAUGUACACAAUUGUCAUAAUGACGUUGAAACAGUUAAUUCACUAGUCUAAGAUUUCAAGAAAUUCAACAAUCAAUCAGUAAACAAUUUAAUCCAACGAUGUUCAAAGAGCUUAACAAGCGCAUUGUGAAAACACUUAAAGAAAUCCAAAGAUAAUCUGACUAUAGACUAUGGAAAAUCCAGUAAUUAGUUUUUAAAACGACAAUUAACUAUCGAAAUCAACUAAUCACAACCCUGGAAUCAAAUUGUUUUUUUUUUCAAUUCUUCAUUCCAAUUUGCCUUUUUUUUGUUAAAUCUAAUUAUGAAUAACUGUCACUAAUGCUCAAAGUCACAACAAUCAACGGCAACUGUGAUCCAAUUUCACCGACAAUCAAGUGCAAUACAAUUGAUGUUAUUGAUUGUUAAUUGUUGAUCAAUUAAUUAUGAAAAAGUACAAAAUGAUUGAGAUUAUUACUAUUGGCCCCUUAAACAAAGUGAGAUGACACCAACACCAACAACAACAACAAUUAACAAUCAAUAACAUCAACAGUAAUACAAAACAAAUGCUUAGCAAUCAAUUGUUUUAUCAUAUCAAUUAUACCAAUUAAGCUACUUUUACUUCAUCUUUGAUGAAAAUCUUAAUCAAAUUAUUUUUAAUCCUGAUUAUUGUUAAAAUAAUUAACGAAAGAUGCUUUUAUCACCUUGAUUAUUAUUAUAGUUGUUAUUUUAAUUGAUCAAUUAUAUAUCAUCUAACCUUGUCUUUCAAUUGUCACCAAUGUUUUCAUAUGAAUUACUAAAUGUACAAAAUAACAAUUUGGAAACAAUCAAAUCAAAUUAUAUUAUUAUUAUUAAAAAAAUGCCAAUUUCACUUGAAUAA